AUGACUACUAAUAUUUCAGAGUGCUUGAAUAAUAUUUUGAAAGAGCCUAGGGAGUUCCCUGUUGCAUCAUUACUUGAUUAUAUUAGAGAAACACUUCAAAAUUGGUUUUAUGAAAAAGGUCAAUCAACAUUAUCCAUGAGGACUGUUUUGACUAGUUGGGUAGAGUCUGAGUUGCGAGAGCAACACAGUCAGUCAAGAAGCUUGGAAAUAUUUAAUCAGGUUGAUCCUAUUAACAAUGAAGAAUACAAAGUAGUUGAUGGAGAUAAUCACUUUUUGGAAAAUUUGGCCUAUAAAUCGUGCAGUUGUCGUGUUUGGGAUUUGGUAGAGAUUCCAUGUGCUCAUGCUUGUGCUAUUAUUCGUGGGCUAAAUUUAGAUAUAUAUGCUUUUGUGUCGGAUUACUAUUUUUCCAGUACAUUGUUAUCAACUUAUAAAGGAUCAGUUUAUCCUAUUGAAAAUCAUUCUGAUUGGAGAUCUAUUGAUGUUGAAAAUCCAUCAACGAUAGAUUCUAUCACUGAUAGCAUGCCUAUUACUGAUACCAUACUAUCAGUGAUAGAAGCUGUGCAGCUUGUGUUUAAAGUUUGA